CAGGCUGUGCACAGGAGAUGCCCUUACAAUUUGAUGGAUCUAGAAUGUUUUUGCAAGAAAGAGUGGGAAAAUAUUACCAAGUCAAAGAUGUGCCACGCUGAUAGUCUCUUACCUAAAAAGACUGAGUAGUGUAAUAAAAUCAAAAGGUGCUUCAGCAAAGUAUUAGUUUAGGGUUAUAGGUUAGGUUGUGGUAAGUUAUUUAAUUUUCCUAUUUUUCCCUAAAAUGUUUCUGAUUGCUUUCACUUAAGUUGUAUUAUACCUUGUAAUUUCACACUGAGAUGAAAAUAGUUAUGGCAUGAUUUAUCUUGGUUUGUUUAUUUUAUUUUUUUAACAUCGCAAAAACCUGCCAUUUUAACAGGGGUGUGUAGACUUUUUAUAUCCGUUAUAACUCGAAAUGUCCAUGUUAAUGACCCAUCAGUUCCGCACAACCACUCCGACCCGCGUUUUAAACGCAUAGUGACUCAAUGUCCUGACGUCACUCAUCGUCGCUGGUUGGCUGGCCGAGAACUGACUCUGUGCGCUUGAAGCGGGUUCUGUGAAUCUAGCUGGCUCGCGCGCUGAGCUCAUAACGCCUUAAUAAACAGCUGUUGAAUCACUCGCGGACAUCGGGAUUAGAAGACGUAAGAAGCAAGAGGACAAAGCUGUGACAUGGUUUGGUUAAUGCUGCUAUGAUGGAUUUGACUAAAAUGGGUGCAAUCCAUCUCCAAAACCCUGGGCACCCCACAACUCUCCUGCAGAAGGCUAACCAGAUGCGUCUGUCGGGGACAUUGUGUGAUGUAGUCAUUAUGGUGGACAGCCAGGAGUUCCAUGCCCACAGAACUGUGCUGGCAUGUGUCAGCAAGAUGUUUGAGAUUCUGUUCCAUCGAAACAGCCAACACUACACUCUGGAUUUCCUCUCACCAAAGACCUUCCAGCAGAUCCUGGAAUAUGCCUAUACUGCCACACUCCAGGCUAAACUUGAAGAUUUAGAUGACCUACUAUAUGCUGCAGAGAUUCUGGAGAUUGAGUACUUAGAGGAGCAGUGUCUGAAGAUCUUGGAGACCAUUCAGUCUUCUGAAGAGAACGACAUGGACAUAAACACGAACGAGAAUGGCACAGAAGAUGAUGAUGAGCGUCGGGUGAAAUAUUUAAAGAGCACUUUCAUCUCCAAAAAACAUUCCAUACAGGAGGGCAACUACAGCUCUGCUGGCCGCCAUCGACUGGCCCCGGGCAACAUGGUUGACAAGAAGCCGCUAGUGUCAGCACCAGUGGGCCUUAAUACCAUCAGUCCUACAAGGGCUGCUGUAGAGAGUCUGAUGAGCAUUGGCCAGUCUCUCCUGACAGGGACUGUGCAACAAGGUUUCACUUUCCCCCAAGAAAACUCUUCUCCAUUGCUGGAAAAGAUUAAGACUGAAAUGAUGCAAGUAGAUGAGGAGGGUGGCCACGAGGGUGGCUCUUCCAGAAAUGGAGAUGGGAUCAGUGAGUCCAAACAGCAUAGAGGCACUCCGGGAACCCCCACAAGAGGCACCGUCAUCACUAGUGCUCGGGAGCUCCAUUCCAAUGACGGUGUUCCUGAAUCAUAUGGAGAUACCAGCCAAGUGGGACCAGCAAAUGUUGCCAGUCUGGCUGAGAGACAUUUUGCAGCAUUGUACAACCAUAAGAAUGAAAGCAUGCUGCCCAUAUCUGUAUCCAUGGCUUCAUCUCUGCACAUGCCACCCACCCUUGCUAUGUCUGCAGACUUUGGCGCCUAUGGUGGGCUCUUCCACCAGAGCUUCAUUCAGCGGGAGUUUUUCAGCAAACUGAGCAAUUGCACAGCAGGUGCAAAGCAUGAGGGCCAGAGGGAACGCUGCAGUGUGUGUGACAUGGAGCUGCUGGACAAUGAGACUGCAGAGCAACACAGGAAACUGCAUAGUGACAUGAAAACCUUUGGCUGUGAGUUCUGUGGAAAACACUUUUUGGAUAGCUUACGGUUGAGGAUGCACAUGCUGUCACACUCAGAUGGACCAAAAGCACUGGUGUGUGAUCAGUGUGGAGCUCAGUUCUCUAAAGAAGAUGCCUUGGCGACUCAUCGACAGACACACACAGGCUCAGACAUGGCUGUGUUUUGUCUGCUGUGUGGGAAACGCUUCCAGACUCAGAAGGCACUGCAAGGCCACAUGGAGGUCCAUGCUGGUGUGCGCAGCUACAUCUGCAGCGAGUGUGAUCGAACUUUCCCCAGCCACACGGCUCUUAAACGUCACCUUCGCUCCCACACAGGUGACCACCCAUAUGAGUGCGAGUUCUGUGGCAGCUGCUUUCGGGAUGAGAGCACUCUGAAGGGCCACAAGCGCAUCCACACUGGAGAGAAACCCUACGAAUGCAACAGCUGCGGCAAAAAGUUCAGUCUUAAACAUCAGCUGGAGACACACUACCGCGUACACACAGGUGAGAAGCCAUUUGAGUGUAAGCUGUGCCACCAGCGCUCGCGUGACUACUCAGCCAUGAUCAAACACCUACGCACCCACAAUGGAGCUUCGCCCUACCAGUGUACCAUCUGCCAGGAGUAUUGCCCCAGCCUCUCGGCCAUGCAGAAACACAUGAAAAGCCACAAGCCUGAGGAUGUUCCCCCAGACUGGAGGAUUGAGAAGACCUAUCUGUACCUAUGCUAUGUGUAAGAAAGCUGAAGAAAGGAAAGAAGAAACUGGAGGCUCAUUCACUCGUUUUGCUCUAAGUCUGGGCCAAAGAAGAAAAGGAAAAGUGAUCAAAGCUGUUGUAUAGAAUUUUCUUUCUAUUUUCAUGCCAUUUUCAUGACAUUACAGUGUGCUUGCUUUGGUAAAUGGAACGUAUUGUUAAAAUUACUUUUAAGAAAAGUAGAAGAACCCAAUUAAAUGGAUAAAAUAUUUCAUAGUAUUCUAGCCCAGCACGCUUCUCCCUAACAAAAUCCAAGAUUGCAACUUGCUUCAUUCCACCUGUUACACUGAAAAUCUUCAGCCUUUUAGCACUGUAUUUUAUUCUUAUUAGUAAUAACAUACUUUUUUUUAUUCACAGCACCCAUAAAUGUUAAAUAUUUAUCCAAACCAUUAAUAAAAAUGAGCAAAGGUUUGUAGAGACCACAUAUACAGAAAAAGCAGCUAAUAAAAAAAAUUCAAAAUAUAAUCAAAAUGACAUCUGUUCAGCAGUACAGGCCCAUCACACAGCUCAUUUUGAGUGUCAGAAGCACUCAGUGGUGGACAUUUGAUCACAGGUAAAUUCAACUUAUCCUAUAUUAUGAUUACAAAAUAUUAAGGAUGUUCAGGGACGUGUUCAUAGAGUAUCUCCACUGUGCACUUUCACAACCAAGUUGAUGUCAUAACUACGAUGUACAGCAUAGUCAUGAAUACAGACAUGGGAUUUGGUUUGCUUUUCAUUAGCUGCCCACCAUUCUCUUACCAUUAAAACUAGUGUAGCAGGUCUAAUCUUAGUAUUUUCAAGUGCAUAUGUUGUGUUGUGAUAAAGUGAUGCAGUAUUAAUGGAUUAAGACUCACAUUUAGGGCUCCUCACAUUACAAUUUUUUUUUGUGUGUGUGUCGUAUUUAGAUACUUGGACUGCUGUACAUUGCAGUGGGGUGUCAUGUUCAGGCAUCUUAACAUACAGCAGACUGAAUAAAAAUGAGAUCUUUUAAAUACAUAUAAAAUGUAAAGAUCAAAGUAAAUUAACUAGAAGAGAUUAAAGAAGAAUAUGCAGUAAUCAGUGCUACAGAUGUUAACUUUUCAUGGCUUAUUUUUUACUUUUUUUCAAAAGGUUACUUGAAUUACUUGUUUUGUGCUUGAUUUAUUUUUAUAUUAUACCACAGCACUGGUGCAUGCACUGUUGAUUGGUCAGAAGGUGUUGAUGAAUUUUCUAUAACAGCAUCCCAGACAGAAGUGUUUGCUGCAAGGCAAAUCACAGGUUUAUAUUAAUGAGUUUGCUCUAAUGCAUUAUUGUUUCUAUAGUAACAAUUUAUACAGCAACUCAUAUGGCAGAUGCUCCACAUAGACAGACAAAAAUGUUGUUGAUAUGGUAAGGUUUUCUGUGAGGAGACAUCAGAUUAACAUUUUUGGUCUCCAGUGUCAGUGCUUGUAACAUUCUGAGCUAAACCUGUAACUUUAAACUUUCCGACAUGCUACAUUUCUUGUCAUAUUAACUGAGAGAGAGAGAGAGAGAGAGAGAGAGAAAAUAAUGAGGGAGUGAUUUUUAUAGCUGCUAUAGGUGAUAACAGGAACAAACUUGUUUCAUGGAUGUACUACAGCAUUUAAUGUAAAUAUACAUGGAUUAAAAAGUAUGAUGUGUCAUUCUUUACUAAAUAAAAAAUAAUAAUAAUUGGCAAAUUGCUGUGGUAUAAGAGUAACAAAACAUCAGGAUAUGCUGUUUUUGGAAAAGAAUAAAAAAAAAAUCCUUUCCUAUAACAGCACACUCCUUUUGUGCAUGUCUUGUGUUUUAUUGAACUUCAUUUAGGACAAUGUAUUAUAAUACCAUACAAUGGUUCAGUUAGCCAUAACAAAAUCAUAACCUGCACUCAGUGAGAGCUGCACAAAGAUGCUCUUUGCAUUAAUGUCAGGUUUAACACUGCUCAAAUGUAUGCUUUUCAGCCCCCUGUGUGCUACCUCUUCAUGGCGCUUUGUUUUGCACAAAAGCAAAAGCACAUCCGAUUGUGUUUAUAAUUUGCAUUUUAAUCUUAUCUUUUGCUUAAUUCUCAGAGAUCUUGAUUGACUUGACUGUCAUCAUAUUUACACUCCGUAUCCGAUAUACCAUUUUAAAAUGAAACAGACCGUAACCCAUUGUUUUAUUUCAUAAAAUUUUUAUAAAAUGUUUAUGAGCUAUGGUAUAAGGGUGAAGCUUAAAAAUAGAAAUGUUGUCUUUUUAUUUGAAAAUUAUUUUAAAGUGGAAUUGUCAAAUGACAAAGUGCAUAAAUUGUGUGUUACAAGUUACUCAUGGUAGGGGGUGGUCAUUUACAUGAGAAAGCAAAAGCAAAAAAAAAAAAAAAGACAAGAGCCAAAUGUGGCACUUUGAUAAGAAAAAAAAGUUGUAUUUUUGUAUUCUGUAAUGUGCAAAAUCUGUCCACUUGUUUAUAGUUGAGUGAGUCAAGUACUUUUACAGUAACUUUUGCAUUGUGUUUGUUUUUGGUGAUACUUUUUGUGCCUCUUUUACAAUGUUGACGAUGUUCAGUAGUAGAUGUUUGUAAAGCUUGUACCGUGGUCACUGCUGCUGGGUAUCAGUUUUUCAUUAACAAUUAUCUGCCAAGAUCCACAGGCCUACUAGUAUCACAAAGCACAAAAUACCUAACAGAAAAGGCAGAAAUGUUUUUUCCCUGUUUGCUUGUAUUGUGGUCACAGCAUAUUCACUGUGAGAUCCAAAACACGUUAUAUGCCGUUAUAUGCAGGUUUUUGUGUGUGUGCAGUGUGAGUCAAAAGAAUUAUUGUGGUUAACUUGUUCAGUGUGUAAAUGCACUACUUAUGAGGAAAGAAAAUAAUCUUCCAUGAAUCCACAAAAUAUUUAAUUUUAAUAUUGUUCUAAAAACAUUUUAUAUUCAUUUGUAUUCAUACUGCAUAUGCAAAGAAAUACUGGACGAAAUUCACCACUGAAAUGAACUGUGACAAACAGGAAUGUCAUUCAUUUCCUUAAUGCACAUCCAGAUCACAACCGUAGAACAAAUUCUGACAAUGCAUUCAAUAUUAAUUGUUAUUGAACAUUGAGUUUAUUUACUUCCUUUGUCUACAAUGAACUUCUUUAGGCAAGGGGUAAUAAAGUACACUGUGAAAACGUUUUUAAACAUAGCCUUUAGAGAAAAAUCAUUUUGAUUUCACACAUGUGACAGUGUGAGUAAUACUGCACUAAAACUGCACACAUGAACUCAAGGUUAUGUGACAUAAUUUGAAUAACAUGAUCACAUGAAAAAUUAACGUAGUAAAUAAAUGAAUCAUAGGGAAAAUCAUGCAAGACAUGCACUACAUGUUAAAAAAAAAUCCACAUGUUAAAAUUGUGUAAAAUAUGAAGUGCAUGAUAACAGUUUGUGUGGCUUUUCUCUAAGGGAGGACCUUUGUUGUAGGGUUUGCAAUAAAACCAUAUGCACAGCAUUGAACUGACAAAGUGGCAUCCUUGUUUCACUGUGUUUUAUUUUGCCUCAACCUAGAAGCAUCCAUUUCCUUCAGUUCUCCCUUAUCUGUGCCAUUCACAUAAAAUUUGAUACAUAAUCAUAAGGUUUGAUAAAGCACUGAGAAUCUAUGUUGGACCAAAUAAAAUCUGUUUUUCAAAUAUAGAUUUUUUUGCAGUAACAUUGUACUUUUAUGUUAAAAUGAUUUACAUUUAAUUGUCUUUUAGUUUAUUGUAUUGUCUACCUCAGCACCAAUUCUUUAUAUAACCCUAAAAGGUGCCCAAUUACAGCUGAUCUGUUUUUGUUAAUUUUCUCAACUGUGCAUAUAUGUCUUUUUUUAUUUUAGCGUUUGGAGGUUAUUUCUAUUUUGGAUUGUUAUAUUAUUUUUCUGUAUUUUCAGCAUAAGGUUGAUACACUGUCUUUGGAACUGUGUGAUGGCAUUGAUGCAGAUCAAGGUGUAUUCCUUUCUCUCCUCUCUGUGUGUGAGCUCGAACACAGCUCUGUGUUACUAUUAAUGUUGUCUGGGGUGUGGAAAAAUAAUAAAGAUCUAAAAGAGAUUGUAUGCA